GAUUCUUCUUUUUGUAGGCUUUCGGUGCUUAAUUUCAACACCUCUCUUUCUCUUUCUUCACUUUCUGUCCUCGUAAUUCUCAGAGUUUUGUUCUUCUUCAGAAUUCGAUUCCACAAUCUCUUCAAAAUGCCGGAAAAAAGCUGCAACUUCUGAUUCUUUUGUUCCCCAAAUUCCCUUUGAUUUUGUUGCUGAUUUGAAUUUCAGGAAAGCUCUAAUGCUAAUGGCGAUCGAUGUUUGCUCUGAGAUUUCCACUGUAGGAAUCAGUCCCAGAAUCUCGUUUUCACAUGAUCUGAAUCAAACCGAUUUGUUACCUUCUUCUAAUUGUGAUCGCGAUCGUGAUCGUUUGGAUUUGAGUCUUCUCGAAUCCGAUUUCGAUUUCUGCAUUGGUAACCUCCUUCUCCAAGAUCUUUCCUCCGCCGAUGAACUCUUCUCCAAUGGCAAAAUCCUCCCCAAAUCCAUCGAGCCAAACAGACAAGUCCUUAGUAAACCUAAUCAAUCCCAUCGUCUAAUUCCUCCGAUUCCUCCCGAUCCUUCCAGAAACUCAGUCUCCUCGGAGAAGAAGAGCCUUAAAGAGCUUCUAUCCGCGAGUUUCGAUGGCGAGGAGAAACAGCAAUCCAAAUCCUUCUGGCAGUUCAAGCGAAGCAGUAGUCUCAAUUGCGAAAGCUCAAAGAGUAGAAGUUUGAUUCGAUCCUUGCAUUUUCUGUCGAGAAGCAAUUCAACUGGUUCGGUUUUGAAUCCGAAACAGCAAUCCAAUUCGAAAGAUUGUCAAAGACCGAAUUUGCAGAAACAGGCUUCCAUUUCCAGUAGUAGAAGAUCAUCUUCAUCCUCAUCUUCUUCAACGUCUUUCUCAAACUCAUAUUUUGCAAAUACGUGUUCUCAAAAGCAUUCAAUGAGGAAGAAUUUUGGAUGGAACAAUGGGAAUGGAGUUGGAAUUAGUAGUAGCCCUCUUCUGAAUCUCCCUCCGCCAUACAUUUCCAAAGUAACUGUGAGUUUUUUUGGAUUCGGUUCUCUGUUUUGUAAUGGUAAAACUAAAAAGAAAAAGAAAUGAAAAGAGAAGCCAAUGUAAAUGGCAUAUGUUCAUAAAAAAUUUGCAUCUUCAAGUAGUACAGAUUUAGAUUGAUUCUA